AUGCCGACGUAUCCUAUCCGCCGCCGACCACGAGAGUGUAAGACAUGCCUACCAUGCCGCGCCAGUAAAGUCCGCUGCGACCGUGAAGUGCCCUGCGGGAAUUGCGUCAAGCGGAACUUUACCUGCUCUUACGGUCGCCCGUCAUCCAACAAACUACCGGGGCCCUCGCUCAAUCUCAAUCUCAAUCUCAAUCCAUCUGCCACACCCCUCCAAUCGUCCUUUGCAUCGCCCGCCGUCGCUUCAUCCUACUCCUACCCCCACCGCGAUGCCUCCUACACUGCCGACCCGCCGUCCGGGACCAGCGAUGAGCAAGAUUUGGAUCUUCCGGAGGUCAUUGACAUCUCGCAGGCCGAGUGGGAUGAAAUUAAUACCAAGAUGGUCGCGAUGGAACAAAUUCUCGGGAGCCUGCACUCUCUCUUUCAGACACAUUCAUCUCAUAAACGGAUCGAGGAUCGGGAUAUGGAACGAAAGGAUUCAACCCGAUCGGAGGGCGUCUACGGGUCGAACGUGCUAAAGACAGGUGCCGUCCAUCUCGGCUCUCGGUCUGCUUUGGUAGAUAUUCUAGACAAAUCCAAGUCCUCAGAAGAUGCAGCGCAGGCGCUGCCUCAGGAGGACCUUCUCGCCGAAUUAGCGCUAGGCAAUGAAUCGGUCGCGUACCCAUUCGUGGAUCUUUGGUCAUCUGAUCCUUUCACCUUUAACAUUGCUGGAGUGUGUGCGGUUCUUCCGGACGACAAUCAAUGCCGGAGAUUUGUGAAAUUCUAUAAGGAUAUUGGUGCGGUGUUGUACCCUGUACUACCAGAUCUCGAUCAGAUCGAGCGACAGACAAAUCAAAUACUCGCGGGGAGACAACGGGCUGGUGGUGUCUAUAAGCCGGAUGCCAAUGGAUUAGUAAAACCUUUCGGGAUGGACCUGCCCUUCCUCAGCUUGCUUUUUGCGAUCCUGGCCUCGGGAUGUCAAUUGUCCGAUCUCCCGGAGCGCGACCGUGAGCUGACAUCAUGGGUAUAUGUUUCUUGCGCAUAUCAGUGCUUGCGAAUGUUGAAUUACGUCUCGCAACCCACAGUAGAGGUUAUACAGAUUCUACUAAUUAUCAGCAAUGUAUUAUCGUAUAAUAUGAACGCUGGUGCGUCCUACACAUUACUCGGCAUGACAGAGCGCAUGUGUCUUGUUCUGGGUCUUCAUGUUGAAAUGACUGGCUUUUCAUACGAAGAGCAAGCCAUUCGAAGGCGUGUCUGGUGGGCGAUGGCUUUCCAGAACAGCCACUUUUCACUCGCUUAUGAUCGACCUUCCAUUACCAUGUUCAGUCAACCGGAGAUUCCCUUUGAUCGUAAAUCAAUGCCGGGGCAUCGAUCAUAUUUUGAAACUUUGUGUCGGGUCGUAUCGCUUGCAUUGGAAGUGUUGCGGUCCCGAAUGCACCCAACUCAUUCCCAGCCCCGAUUUCAUGAGAUCCAAGAAUACAAGCAUCGGAUUCAGCGCAUGCUUGCCGAGGCCACUCCCCAUCUGCGUCAUCGAGAGAAUUGCCGAUCAUUAGCGGAGCACAUCGAACGAACGGAACUCCGACUCCACGCUUCAUAUCUUCUUUCAGUCCUGUGUCGGGUAUCUUUAGAUUCGCAUGCGCAUUUAGAUGAACAUCGUCGAGCAUUGAUUCGAGAAGACUGUAUUAGCAGCUUGAUUGAAACAGUGGAUGCAUUCGUGGAGUUGCAUGAAAUCAAUUCACAUUGCUCUCGGUCCUGGAUUAGCCUGCAACGGUCAAUUGCCUCAGCUUUCUUGCUGAUCACCAACGAUGAUGGCCCUCGGACCUGGGAGCUCAUCGACCGCCUAGAGAAGGUCCUAGCCGAUCAUGUAUACGCAGAUGGUUCCGAGGAUCAUAAUAACCGCACAGAUUCUGCUAAGCAUCUCGCGUCUUCUCUUCGCGCCUUGCGUGAGAUCCGUGAAGCGUUCCGCCUCCGCAAACCUGCUUCGACUGUUCAGGCUGCCCCAGCUCAAAGUCAAUACCAACCUUACUCCCCAUUGAUAUUGCCCUCCCCCCCAUCAAUCGAAACGACUCCCGAGUUCCCUCCGAACUUUGCAACUGCUGGCGGUUCCGCGCUUCCUAUGGACGAUUGGAGUAUGCGCAAUAUCUUAGGUCGCGUGUCGGAUGUUAUGCUAUUCCCCAGCAUGACUGGACCCAAUCCGCCCGUUUAA